GACUACGAUGGCAUAGACCAUCUGAUUGAGGCCAGCCAGAGGCAAGUUUUCCCGCUGCAAAGCGAGGAAGCCUUAGAGCUCUUUCGAGUCGGGCAACAGCAGGAUGGUCCCCGCUCACGGCAGAGUGACGAAAGCAUGCUCUCCUACAUCAACCGUGUGAA